CGAGCAAGAGAGAUGCACUGAAGACAAACAGCACAGACUGACAGACUCUGGAACUUUCAAGAUUUCACAGCAUGUUAUCGAUAUUGCUUUAAACUUUUGUUGAGAUAUCCAAGGAGCGCGUAAAGGGUGCCUUCGUUCUAUUGCGCAACUUUUGGAGGCGCUCCAUCAGGAAACCAUCACAUCGACCGUGGAUUUGUUCCUCCUUCGUUUUGGCUUGAUUUUUGUGGAAGAUGUUCGGGCACGAUUAUUGCCUUGUGUCUACGUUGUUGACGGCUGUAGGCGCCAUCGUACCCACACUGCUUUUGCUUGUGGUUACGCGGCUGCUGUGGGAAUUCAGGUGGAGCAUCACUCGGGAUCGGGCGUGUAAACUUCCACUACCGAAAGGAUCAAUGGGAUGGCCGCUGAUCGGAGAAUCCUUCCACUGGCUUUUCCAGGGAUCAAGCUUUCACAUCUCCAGGCGUGAAAAACAUGGGAAUGUUUUUAAAACUCAUCUUUUGGGAAAGCCUGUAAUCCGGGUGACGGGCGCAGAAAACAUUCGUAAGAUUCUGCUUGGUGAGCACACGCUCGUGUGCACGCAGUGGCCUCAGAGCACGCGCAUCAUCCUCGGGCCACACACUCUGGUAAACUCGGUUGGUGACCUCCACAGGAGGAAAAGAAAAAUCCUUGCAAAAGUGUUUAGCCGCGGGGCGCUCGAGACGUAUCUGACGCGGGUUCAAGACGUCGUCAAGUCUGAAAUUGCCAAGUGGUGCGCAGAGUCCGGCUCUGUGGAUGUUUACGCCGCUUCCAAGUCGCUCACCUUCCGCAUCGCGGUGAGGGUCCUGCUCGGUCUCCGUCUGGAAGAGCAGCGCAUCCUCACUCUCUCGAAAACCUUUGAACAGCUCAUGAACAACCUGUUCUCUCUUCCAUUUGACAACCCCGUAAGCGGCCUGCGCAAGGGAAUCCGGGCUCGUGAGAUUUUGCAUUCUGCCAUGGAGAAGAUCAUAGAGGAGAAACUUCAAAAACCGCAAGCAGAUGAUUACUGUGAUGCUUUCGACUAUAUCCUGAGUAGCGCAAGAGAAAAUGACUACGAACUAACAAUGCAAGAACUCAAGGAAACUGCGGUGGAGUUAAUCUUCGCUGCGCACUCCACCACAGCCAGCGCAUCUACAUCCCUCAUCCUGCAGCUCCUGCGCCAUCCAGAUGUGAGCGAGCGCGCAAGAGUCGAGCUGGAGAGCGAGGGCUUGAUCGGUGACUCGCACGGCUACUGCCGCUCGCGUUGCCAUGGCAACGUCAUCAAUGAGGAAAGCGAAGCGGAUGAGAAGGGAUCAACGAAGAAUAAAACAACGUGCUUUGAAACGGCGGAAAAGGAGGAGGGGCGUCGCUCUCGGAUUAACGUCCCAUACCUCAGCUUGGAAAAAAUGGGCCAGCUUUCUUACCUGGACUGUGUGGUCAAAGAAGUGCUGCGAUUUCUUCCCCCAGUGUCCGGGGGAUACAGGACUGUGUUGCAAACGUUUGAAUUGAAUGGUUAUCAGAUCCCGAAAGGUUGGAGCGUCAUGUACAGCAUCCGUGACACUCACGAGACCGCCGCCGCCUAUCAGAACCCAGAGCUCUUUGACCCGGACCGGUUCGGCGCUGAAAGAGAUGAGAGUAAAAACGAACGUUUCAGCUACGUGCCUUUCGGUGGCGGAGUGAGGAGCUGCAUCGGACGGGAGCUUGCUUUGAUCGUGCUGAAAACUCUUGCAGUGGAGUUGCUCGCCACGGCUGAGUGGAGUCUCGCGACAGAAACAUAUCCCAGAAUGCAGACCGUGCCGGUGGUGUAUCCGGUCAAUGGAUUGCACGUGUUUUUUAACUACAGAAACAACGGGAUCGAAAGAAACCGGAGGGAGUCGACUCAUAUAUAAGCAAAAUCUGUAAUUAGAGACUUAGAAACAUCUAACACAGCGUUUCUCAACCGGAACUUUUAAGGGAGCCUCAAGAUGACUUCAAAUUACUUAAAAUAUGACAAAACAAGCAUUAAUAUAAGCUAAAACAACUAAAAAUCAAUAUACAUAUAAGAUUUUUAUAACAAAUAUACAUUUUUCUGGUUAUGCCAAGCUUUGGAAUAUUUUAUAGGGUAGAAACUGUGAUGGGUGUGGGGGGAGGCUACAAAUACUGUUGUGGCAACCCAAUCUCAUGAAAUGCGUAUAAAUGGCACGCAGUAUGAUUAUCGUGCAACACAUAAGCCAAAUUCCAAUUUUGCAUGCAUAUGAUACGCCAGUCCUUCUCGUACACUUAUAUGGCAUAUCUUUUUGUGACAUUUUAUUUAUUGGUUUCUCAUCUGUUUUCUUUUUUUAAGCCAUUGUUGCUUGGGUUUGAUAUGGGUUUUGCUUUAGGAUGUAAUUUAAUAUAUAGGUUUCUCCAUGCUUUAUCUAUUUUUAAACCAUUGUCGCUUGGAGUUGGUGUUAGAAUUGGGGUUUGGGUUAGGAUGUCAUUUUAUUAGGGAUGUAACGAUUCAAUCGCGGUCCCCAUUAAAAAUGCUGAAAUCUGAAUCGCAAGGCAGCGAUUCUUUGUUUCAUGCACAACUUGUGCGUGUAUACUACGGCAUUUGGUCAGUAGAAAGUCCUUAUCAAUCUAAAAUCAUUAUGAGUCGGAGUUGUUUAUAACGUGCAUUUAAAAAAGCAACUCUCGUUAAAUAAAAAUCAUUCAAAAUAUUCCUUAUUAUCAAGAAAAUACCUGAAACAAUUUGAAGAACAGCAAUAUAAAUAUUCCUGUAGACAUUUCCUGGGAUAGCGUUUGCAAUGCUACUUCUUCUGUGGCACAAAGGGAGUUUCUGCAUGAGAGCGCCCCCUGGUGUUCGCAUGUGCCGGGAUUUCACCGUAAUUCAUUCAAAUUCAUUCAUUGAGAAAACGCGCAUUUGCACGGUUCAUCGUUACACCCCUACAUUUUAUGUUACAAAAACUUACCCAAACCCAAGGUAAAAAACAUGAAAAGACGUGCCAUAUAAGUGAACCGGAAGGACUGUCGUAUUCUAUGUAUGCAAAAUUGGAAUUUGGGGUAUAUAUUGCACGAUAAUCACACUGAGUGCCAUUUAUAUACAUUUCAUGAGAAUGGGCUGGUUGUGGACAGUUGGAGAGGGUUGAAGUCAAAAAGGUUGAGAUCCCCUGAACCACUUGGAAUCCAUGUCCGGCAGGUGUGUAAAGAAAAACAACUGCAAAUCCAAUACUGUGGAUUCAAAAUGGUGGACCUAUCAUAGUCAGGUCAGGCCAUGUUGCAAAUCAUAAACUCCUGUACUGGGAUAUCCAUGUUUUUAGUAAAACAUUCAUCAAUUACUUUGGCCUAUUUGCAAAACAAAUACAAACUUUUAGGCAUGAUGAGCAUGAGGGCAUUGUAUCCUAUAGAUCAGGGGUAGGCAAAGUCGAUCCUGGAGUGCCGAUGUCCUGCAGAUUUUAGCUCCAACCCUGAUAAAACCUUGCCUACCUGUAGUUUUCAGGUGACUCUUUAGACCUUGAAUAGCUAUUUCAUGUGUGCUUGAUUAGAGCUGCAGCAAAACUACAGGACCGGCGUUGCCUACCCCUAUCUUGUUAGGAGAAAUAAAAAGGAGCAUUUAAAUACAUUUAUUCUUUUAUGUCAGACUUAUGAUAUAUAAACCUGUUUUGUGAAAUGAAGUAGAAACGAAUAAGCUCUAUUUAUAAAUGUUAUUUUUUUUCUCAGAGGGACACUUCAAAUGAUGGUAACCACAAAGUUGACGGUACCCUUUGACUUCCAUAGCCGGAGAAACAAAUAUGACGGAAGUCAAUGGUUGGCCAACUGGGCGCUUACCAUCAUUUAUCAGAAUAUCUUCUUGUGUGUUUAACAGAAAAAAGAAACUCAUAAAGAUUUAGAAAAACACGAGACUUUUUUUAAAAUUUCCUUUUUGGUGAACUAUUCCCUUAAGAAUAGGUCACUAUGAAAUAAAUAUGCCACUUUUCUUUAGUUUAUACCGUAUGCCACUGUACUAUAAUAAUUGCUAGUUAUCUGUACUCUAGUACUUACAGAAGAUACAUAUUAAUUUAAUUCAUAUAAAUAGGCUACUAAUGCAUAGUGUAUGUUUAUUAUGAAUGUAAGCUGUGAAAAAUGACCCUUGCGCUGUGAAAAGGGAGGAUACAGGGAAGGAGAAAACAAGCAGCACUUUUUCUCCAAAAUAGGAGCAUGUGUGUGUCCUUGUCUUGUCAAUACUUGUGUGUGUAAUUUGUAGUUUUUGUUUUCAUGUGUGUCUUGAGGAGUAGAUACUAAGUAUUCAUGUUUAUUUUAUAUCUUCUACUGUAUCUUUUUUGAAAUGUGUAUUUGGAGUUCUGCUAAUAUG